AUGUUAUUUCAAGUCGUGUACCGAUUUGCUUUCGUCUUGUUCUUGGCAACGACGACAACUGAAGGAGCCGACCAUGGCGUUUUUUUCCAAAUCAAAGAAAACACCUUUUUCGGUUUCAGUGAGGAAAGUCUCGUUUGGUCUGGCAAAACUGACUCUUUACUUUUCUGUUCUGCUUUGUGUGGGCGGGAAACUUCUUGCAGAAGAGCAAACUUUCUCGAAAACCAAAGACUUUGUCACCUUCUUCGCGGCGAAGUGCAAACAAGUUCAGCAGCUGGGCAUCUUUACCAGCGAGAUGGUUCUACAUAUUUAACAAAGGUAUUUGCCAUUGAUGAUAUGUUGCAGUUUUCAGAUGAUAAUUCAAAACACGAUAAUUUUAGCACUACCAUAGCGAUCAUGAUUACUUUCACCAUCAUUUCACGAGAAAAACAUUGCACAAAAUGUAAUUUCUGUUUAAGAAAAACUAUGAACAAAACAGGACUUUGGCAUUUUAUUUACAUUGCACUGUAAGUCCAAAGAAAGAGAAAUAUCUCUAAAGAUCAACGUAAAUAAAUUGAGAUGAGUAUUCGUUUCAAGCGUUAACCCUACGUCAGCUUUAGAAACUCUUUACGGUGACCAGUUUACAUUAACGACUCAGUUGAUAACACCAAAAUAUCUUGUGAUACCCCCCACACGCGCAGCACCACAGUUUCCUCAGAAACUUAACCCUUUUAGUUAAUUAAUUAGGAGGGACAGCAUGAUCAAAGGCAGUUCAUUCAAUAUCAGUUUCUUUAUUCAAACACCCAUAAAACGCUCGGUUAAAAGUGGAAGCCAAAAGUGUAAAGAUACACUGUGUGCCAAUGGGCCUUUAGGAAUUCCUUAAAGAUGCACAUGGCAUGAAGUAUGGAUGUUAAUUGAGAUGUUUUGUCUAACGCCAAUACAGGUUGACCUACCAAAAAAAUCCGGCUCAUCCCAAGGUAAGACUGAGACGCAAAUUGUUUGAAUUGGUAACUAUAACACUGAUGUAAACUAUCAUUUAGCAUUAUCAACUGAGUUAAUACCGUAAAUUGGCCACCGUAAAGAGUUUCAAAGCCAGUUCCAAUCGCUCUGACGAAGGGCUAACGCUCGCAACGUCAGCUUUGAAACUCUGUACAGUGGCCAAUUUACGUUAUCAAUUUAGUUGAUAUUACCAAAUUACCCUUUUAUACUCUCCCACCAACGCGGCACCAUUAGGAAAUAUUUAUGAAACCCAGUUUCAAUCAUUAAACAUCUUGUCAUCCUCUCUCUAAAUUUCUUGGACCAGGUCAAACCACUCCUUUGCACUCUGGUUCAACCCGGCAUUCAAUAGGAAACUCGUGCCAGACCCUCCUCAGGAAAUAUCCCACUUCCCCUUCGGGUGUUUAUUGGAUUAAUCCAAGUGGUGGAUCUCAGGCCAAUCCUUUCAAGGCUUACUGUGACAUGGAAACUGAUGGAGGAGGUUGGACUCUUGUAUGGAGUUAUUCCUUCACUAACUACAGUCAUUUUAGGCGUAAAUCAAAUGCGAUCACUCCGAGGCCAAAUUGGCCGGUGAGAUCUCAAGCGGAUGUUCCUAUCUCCACAACUCCUCCAUUAAAUGAAACAGACUACAACGCCAUGAACUUUUCACUCUGGAGGCAACUCGGCAGACAGGUCCUCAUCAAAAGCAACAUAAACAAUUGGCUGGUGUGUGAUCCGGGAAGUGGCAGCUUGGUUGAUUGGCAGGAAGGUGACGUCAACUGUACCAUAAUUAAACAGGUGCCGGAUGAUCCGAGUAGCACGUUGGUUCCUUCCCUUUUUUUUCCAAACAAGUUGCCCCAAAGCUAUGGACCACUGUUCUCCAUGAGUAGGCCGUGGAACACCGUGUACUACUAUUUUGAUGGCUCUACCAUGAACCAUUUUCCUACCCAUGAUCGUAUCGGAACAAACUCGCCCAACCAAAUGGGAAAUGUUGUAACUCCACAUGGUAAUAUUCUUAUUCGAGGCUUAUAGCCAAGGCAGUCUGUAACAAAUUAAUUCUCACAAACAUAACGUCUGAGGGCUGAUUACUUUCUUCUUACAUAUCAAUAAACUACCUAGCAAAAAAGUGAUAAGAAUCGAUGAAAUGAUCAGCUGUCUUAUUCUAUGUUGCAUUAAAUUCUGAUAUGCUUAUAGCAGCGAAAAGUAAGAAUUUAGCACCAAAUCUUAAAGCUGACGUUUUAGGCAUUUUCUCGGGUUAGACGAACAUAAGCGGAGUGUUGGCUACGUUCAUCAUGUAAAAUCAACUGAUUGUCCACCUGGAUUCCCCUUUUUAGAGCAAUUUUCAAUUGGACGUCGAUAUUUAUCCACGAUUGCUUUGUUUGUUUACAGACGAUUCCCAGUAACUUGAGACUCUAAGAGAAACUGAAAAAGACUCUAAUUACCUUGAAACAAAAGUGAACGGCUAGAAAUAGGAAGGAAAUAGGGAGUGGGGAGGGAGAGGUAAUAUCAUGCAUUCAUGCAAAAGCAUGCAAAAUCCAAGUUUAAACCAAUCCUUAGGCGAAAUUCCUUUGGCGAUGGUGUUGAGAAAAACUAUUAACAGAUAUUCCAGUAUACACACAAUCAGGAACCGGUGAAACACAUAGUUAAGUCCAAUAACUGAAUAAAAACUGGCAAUCUGAAAGGAAGAGGUUUUAACUAUGUGGCCUUGUGGCAUUAUUUGAAGAGGCCACCUCUGCGCAUGCUCUAAACCUAGAUGACCGGGUGGGAACCCAGGAUGGUCAGCUCAUCGACUAGGCUAAACAAUGGUACUACUGUAAAUAGUGUUGAUGUGGUAAGGGGAGAAAUGGAAUGUUCGUUGUAUUCAAUUGUUGGCAUUUUAGGCAAAGUAAGUACUGAGGGUAAUGUUUGUCUUGUAAAGUGAGACAAGUGCAUGUAAUAUUAUCUAAGGGCAUUUUAUGUAAUCCUUGUAACGUAUAGUGUUGUAAAUAAAGUUGGGAAAGUAGCGGUUAUGACUACAGUAUGAAGGGAUCGAAAGAAAAGGCGAAACUUAAUAAAGAUGUAAUGCACUGUGAUUAACGUAUCCAUAAGGCGCUAGUACGGGCUCAUUACUCAAAUAAUGGGCUUCUGACGUCAGUCAUUAUUUAUCGCCGAGGGUGAGAAGAUGUUUGGUUGAUUUACGAUAAAAUUCAUUGGAUCCCCUCAGAAGGCUCUGGUUUUGAUUAUAUGAAUUUUAACACAACACACAACGUCAGUUUUUGAACCGAAUACAGGCUAUGGACUAAAAUUCAUAGCCACCUACCACUACUGACACUUAAAUGCUUACGUAAGGCGCACCUGGCCUAACCAUGAUCCAUGUGGACAUAACGAUCGCAUUCAAUUGAAUGGGGUCGCUAAGCCUCACAGGAACAUUUUUAUUCGCUAAGUUAUGAAUUUUUUUGUUAUUACUUUUGUUUCGUUCUGUUUUGUUUUGUAAUUUUUCUUCACAAAUAACGUCGGACCCGACUGAGAACAAAAUUGAAACAAGCCUGGUUUAUUUAAUAUAAUAUCAGUGGGCGAUAAGGAAUGAUAAAACAGAAUUUAAAUUUUGUUUCAUUCCCUGAGUGUCGCUAAGGGACCAUCAAAGAUAAGUCAUAAAAGUGACAAAAGAUUUUAUGUUUACAAAGUUAUUUGAAAACAUUUCUCAGUUUGUUAUGCCUUGCCUGAAUUGGACCUCUCCAGGCAUCAAAUUAAUAUUUCAUAAUUAAAUUAGUUUAACUGCUCUAGGAUUCCGUGCAAGGCGCGAUUUCACUUAAUAAUUUAGUAGCUAUACAAAGUUCUUCAAGGUAGUGAUCUCCACUUGAAUCAGAGUUGAACUGGAGCAUUUAAAAGAAGGGAUAUAUACGUGCGCAAGCUACAGAACAGCUUACGAUCCUGCCUGAUUCAGAAUGGAGGUACGAUUUAAGCAAUUUAUCACAAAUUAUAGUCUAUGAAACUGCCUUUUAUGACAUAACGCUUCUUCCAAUAUUGAGACGAUGUGUGGAAAAACAAACUUUAUUUGAAAAGUACCCUGCAGCGGAGAAAGUUGUCAGAACACAAAUUAAUGCUCGAUGCAAAAGCAAGCUUAAAAUCUCGCGAAUAGAAACAAGUAUCUUUCACUGUUACGAUACCUGUAGCUACGUUUAAUGAUAUCAAUCCUACAAAAACGUAGAGAACACCUUGGUCUCACUCGAAAAUACUUAAAGUGAACGAGAUAAAAGAACAUCUUUCAGUUUGAAUGCCAGAAUUGUAAGCUGUCUAAACUAGCUUUCUCACUUUUUUUUUUCUUAAAGCCUGCAUUGAUUAUGUUGCUGCUUGUCUCAGCAUCAUUUAUAACUCAAUACUUUACAAGACUACUCACACAAAUUGUUUUAAAAAUUGUUUAACAUUUCUAAUAAUUUUUUCGACUCUUGACGCGCCAAUGUUUAAUUUAAAAACAAAUGCAUAGGAAAGAAAAAUCUGCGAAAAAGAAGGCAAUUAAAAACAAACUAUUUAUGAAUUCAUAAAUCCAAAUUACAAGGGUUCAAUGAACUCUCGUCGUUGCUUCUUUCUUUGACAGAUUAUGGCGGGGAUGUUUCUGUUCCUCUUGAUCAUCACGACAGAGGUACAAGCAGAGUUGUUUGGGUUUCAUUUUCAAAUCAAAGAUGGCACUUCGUUCUCGGAGGAAAACACCCUUUGGACCGGAAAGACAGGCUCUAUUAUGUCUUGUUCCCACUUGUGUGCGAGGCACGAAGCUUGUAAAAUUGCCAUGUUUUGGGUAAAUCAAAGAACUUGCUCGCUAUUUUAUACAGCACAAAGAGAAGAAGGCCAAAAACGACCCCAGCAAGAUGACGUGUUCUACCUUGAAAAGGUUUGGUAACAUGAAAUUUAUUUCUUUACAACGCCUUGACUUUUUUUAAAAUAAUUUUGUGAAACCGCAAAAUGCUAAGUGCUCUAUAGAUAAGAAGAUUUUCAUGGUAACCAUGAGAACCGUAAAGCGAGUUGACACCUUGCUUCGAAAGCGUGAAAAGUUUUUUGCUGUUGUCUCUUUUCCUUAGAUUUUGUUAACUUUCUUUAUUUGUUGUCAGAGUAUUGUUCUCUUCCGUUCAUUCUGUUUGUUACCUCGAGCUUACUUGACAGUUCUUUGAUUCAAUUCCAACAGAUCACUAGGUAAGUAGAGCAGUCUCCAUCUCAAAUAGAGAGCCUAAAAUUUCACAAUUUUUCAAUCUACAAGAACAACAAAGUCGCAGAAAAAAGGCUAAUGGACUCACUGCUUCGGACCCGAUUUUUUAAAAGAUAGCACGAAAACUCCCAUAGGAAGGGAUGGUAAUGGGAUGUAGGUAUAUACUAAUCAAUCAUAAGUUACUCUCCAGUAUUUCUUACAGCUGCAUGUGAGACGACAUUUCGCUGGCACCCUGUGUGGGUUCUUACUUUACAACUAUAAACAUCGGAAAAACAAAGAGUGGGUGUUUAGCAGAACAAUGUGAAAUGAACAAAGAAACAAUGAAAUAAAGAAUUACUCAAAGGCAACAGAACAAGACACCACUAAAUUUUUCUCCAGUCUUGGGGUAACGUCUUCCCCCCCCCCUUUUUAAAAGAUGAUUGGAAACUAGUUAGGACUUCAUUGACUAAAUACUGCUUACACUAAAGAAUCGCAUCGAGGUGUAGACUUCCCGCAAACAGCGUUCCAUUCGAGGAGCUAAUAAUGAAUGACGAGGUGGUCUCUCUAUUUUCUCCCUCAAAAAAAACCAAAACAAACAUAAUAAUGAUAAUAAUAAAAACUAGAAAUUAUCUGUGCUUUCAGGUACUACUCAAUCGUCAGCGGUUCCCUCGUGCCAGUCCCUCAUCAGUCAAACUCCUCCUCCCCCUCCCUCGGGUGUUUAUUGGAUUGAUCCUGUUGGUGGGCUCCAAGCCAACGCUUUCAAAGCUUACUGUGACAUGGAAACUGAUGGAGGAGGCUGGACGCUAGUGUGGAGUUAUUCUUUCACCAAUUACAGCUUUUUCAGAGAAAGUUUCAACGCAGUGACACCCAGACCCAACUGGAAUGUAAAAGCUGAAGCAGAUGUUCCCAUCUCUUCUGACCCUCCAUUACACGAAACAGACUACAACGCCAUGAACUUCUCAUUCUGGAAACAACUCGGCAGACAGGUCCUCAUCAAGAGCAACAUAAACAACUGGCUGGUGUGUCAUCCGGGAACUGGCAGCUUGGUAGAUUGGCAGGAUGGUGACAUCAACUGUCGGAUCAUCAAAUAUGUGACUGCCACGUGCAGAGAGACACUUGCACCUUCGGUAUUAAAAGUGAGUACAGGCAAUGGACCGAAAUUCCUAAACACCAACUUGUACUAUUAUUUCGACGGUUACACCUGGAGUUCCUGGCCAACUCAUAAUCCAUGCGGACAAAACUGGUCCAACCAUUUGAAAGGCGUGGCUGAGCCUCAUGGAAACAUUUUCAUUCGUUAG